UCCUGCAAAAGAAAAGUCGCUCUUUUACGAAGAAACAAGACAAUUUAAGGAUGUAAAAGAUGCCGUGGAAAAGAAUAAAUGCGUUCUUAUCAUUGGUGAUUCUGGAUGUGGAAAAACUGCAACAAUGAAACAAGUGGCUUAUUGCCUUGCUGAAGAAGACUUUGUGAUAAAGAAAAUUUCUGCUUUUAAAGAUAUAAAGUUGGAUUCGGAUGUUGACUCAAAAGUUGUGUUUCUUUGGGAUAAUGCCUUUGGAAUGUUUGGUUUUGAUAUUUCUUUUGUGCAAGAUUUAGAAAGUUAUAGAGAUCUUAACACAUUGCUGAAAUCGAAGUAUUCGAAACUUAUUAUGACCUGCAGAACAGCAGUGUACGAGAAAAUAAAGAAAUUCAAUUUUUCGCUUGUUGCAACAAUUGUAGAUCUCUCGGAUAUUGUAAUAAGUCUGGGCAUUCAGGAAAAAACAGGUUUACUUAAUCAUGUAUGCGGCCAUUACAAGGUGGCAGAAGUAGACAAGCUAACAGGUUCCAAAAGCCAGGCUUUCCCUCUUCUUUGUAUGCUUCUGUCUGAUUUCAAGGAACUAAGACUAAAAUCAUUAGAAUUCUUUGACAAUCACCAAAUGGUAUUUCUCAAAUACCUUGAUUCUAUGCGAGAAGAAAGACAAGUUUCUUAUUUGUUUCUAGUAUACUGUGUAUUAAAAGGUUCUUUUUCUUAUCCUUUCGACAAUUCAGAUGAUAGUUCAGAAAGAAUAAGAAUCGAAGCGGACUCAUGUCAUGAAUAUUGUAGAAAUGGAUUCUCUAUUAAAGAUAUUGAUGAAGAAUGUGAUCGACUAGUUCAAGAAACGCAAUGGUUUCUUAGAGAUGGGAAACAUUACAUCUUUAAACAUACAUAUGUCUUUGAGAUGCUUGCUUUUCAUUAUGGAAAAGAUCAUACAAACCGCUUGCUUAAAUAUAUGGAGUGUAAUUUUAUAUCAGAGAAAUGUUUGAUAAACGAGGAGAUAGAGGCUUCAUGUCAUGAGGAAAAGCUUUGCGUUUUAGUGAAAAGAGAGAGUCUGAAAGAAAGAAUCUUUACUGACAUCAAAGACCUGAAAUACCUGGAAGCAUUUACAAAUAAAUGUUGGAAUGAUGAAUUAUUCUGCAGAAUGUGUUGUACUUCUAUUCAACAAAUGGAACUGUCUGAUUUUGAGAUAACGUUUCUUUCCCUGAAGCCUAUAGAUCAUCGUGAUUAUCGAAUCGAAAGAUCUGACAAAAAAGCAAAGAGGUACUUGUCUUUGAAAAGUAAUGAUUGUGAAUGGUUUCGUGAGAAACUUUUGGAAGGUCGAACAGAAAAUGUUAUUGAGGACAAUAUUUAUUAUGAGGGAAAUGUUAAAGCUGUGAGUUGGGUGAUUGGAUAUGGGAUUUCAAGUCUUCUUAAAGAUAUAGUCAGUAAAGCCAAACACAGCAGAUAUUGGAUAGAACAAUCUUCCAGUGACGACGUCGAACAAAUAAGACUGUUACUUCUUGCAAUCUUCAGUGAAGACUACAAAUGUUUUGAAAUCAUUGUAAGAUGUGUAGAUAUUCAAACCAUCAACACCACUUGUUUUUCCUGUACUAAUAUUGAAGAUGAAGAAAGUGAUUGCCUAAAUAAGCAUAAAAAAUUUACCCCACUGACUGCUUCUUGUUAUAUGGGCUUCACCAGCGCAAUGAGGAAACUAGUCGAAAUGGGGGCUAAUGUCAAUCUGAAAGAUGAAAACGAAAGUACACCUUUGGUAUUGGCAUGCCGAUUUGGAGUGUCUUCUGACGUUGAAUAUUUGAUUGAGAAAGGUGCUUCUCUUCAUCUUGGAUCACCACAAUUCCCACUGAUUGCUGCAGUAAUGGGCAAAAAUGUCAAAACGGUGGAAUUUCUUCUACAAAAUAAUGUAAAUGUCAACAAAAGCAAUGAAAAAGAGAAAACUGCUCUAUAUUAUGCAGCAAAACUAGGGUCUUUAGACAUAGUGAAGCUCUUAGUUGAACAUGGUGCUCAAGUAAACAAAACCGACGAAGAUCGAAAGUCUCCAUUGUACUGGGUUGCUCAAAAGGGCCAUUAUGAUAUUGCAGAUUUUCUAAUAGACCAUGGGGCAGAAUGUGAUCAAAGUGACAGUAAAAAUAAAUCUCCAUUAUAUUGCGCGGCUAAGCGAGGAUAUCUAAAAAUCAUUAAGUUGCUUGUCAAAAAAGGAGCUGACAUAAAUAGGCCAACAACGAAGAACAGAACAGCACUUUACAGGGCGGCAAAGAGAGGAUAUUUUGAAAUUUGUAAAUAUUUGAUAGAUAACUCAGCUAAUGUGAAUAAGACUGACAAAAAGGGGUACUCUCCUUUGUACUGGGCUUCUAAAAAAGGUCAUGAAACUAUUGUAGAGUUGUUAUUGGCAAACAAUGCUUUUGUUGACAGUCAGUCUGAUGGUGGAAAAACUGCACUAUACUGGGCGUCUCAAAAGGGCAGGUUAGAUAUAGCCACUUGUCUAAUAAACAGAGGAGCCGAGGUAAAUUUGACGGAUAAAGAUAAUAAAUCUCCACUUUACUGUGCAUCAAAGCGUGGACAUACAGAAAUGGUGGAAUAUCUUAUCAGUAGUGGUGCUGUUGUAAACACAAGUACCAAAAACUCCAAAUCUGCAGUAUUUCGAGCAGCAAAAAGGAAUCACGUGUGUGUUUUGCAAUUACUUUUAGCAAAAGGGGCGGAUAUUAACCUUUCCAACAAACAAAAUGAAUCUCCCCUUUACUGGGCAGCAAGGAGAGGACAUCAUGAAGUUGUUCACUCAUUGUUAAGCGCGAAAACAGAGUCUGACGUUAAUAUGUCCUGUGAGUUGCAGCAGACAGCUUUGUACUGGGCAUGUCAAAAGGGGUACUUGAAUAUUGUUAUAUCUCUAGUGAAUCAUGGUGCUUUUGUUAACCAAGCAGAUAGACGCUGUAAAUCACCGCUUUAUUGUGCAGCAAAACGUGGUUUUUACGACAUUGUUAAGUUUCUUAUUGAGAAUGGGGCCGAUGUCAAUACUAGGAACAUGAAGAAUCAAUCUGCCUUGUAUCGAGCCUCUAAAAGAAACCAUGAAACCAUUGUCAAAUACCUCAUUGACAAGAAAGCGGACCUCAAUGUACAAGAUAAGUAUGGGGAUACACCCCUUCAUUGGGCAGCUACAAAUGGGCACAUUGAAAUAGUAAAAUUGCUAUGUAAAAAUGAAAGCGAUAUCAAUGUUUCGAAUAAAAAGAAACAAACACCAAUCCACUGUGCUGAGAGAAGUGGUCAUAUAGAAAUUUUCAAUUAUUUAUCAGGAUUGGAUGCUGAUCCUCAGCUUCCUGUCAAAUAUGCUCAUCCAGCAUUAGAUAUGUUUGAGGAGGCUGAACUUGAUAAUGCUGAACUCCCUAUAGAGGCAUAA